GAGAAUAGGUUACAGAAAAGGAGGAGCAUUAAAUUGGAAGCUAGAGAGCAGUGCAGUGAACAGAAACGGAAGCCCAAUUCAAGGGAACAAACAAACAUUACUGGUGCCGAAAACGAAAACAAAACUGACAGACAGCCAGACAGAGAAGAAAAAGAGAGUGUAUCAUUUAUCAAGAAAUGAAGAAGACGAGGAUUAGUUUUCAAUUCUUCAUAUCAGAACAGAACCGAUUAGAAUCGUUUUUCUUAACCGAAACAACGAUAACUCCACCACACUUUCAUUAUUGUCAUUAUUCUUUUUGCGCAUAUUCUCUCACUUUUUUCAUUAUUAUCGCCGGCUCUUUUGCCCAUUUCGGUUCAAACAAGAAAAAGGAAAACAGCCUUAUCAAGACUUUAGCAUCAACCUUAGGGUAAUCCGUUUUGACCUGAGCUGAAUCUUGAACAUGUUUGGAGGAGGAAGUAACGGAAACAACAUGUUCCCUGUUUCUGGAGAUGAAAGUCCCGUCCAAUAUGAUAUCAAUUCCUUGCCUCAAUUCAAAAUGUUUGGACGUGUUGACCAUGGUGUCGAUUCCAAGAAUCAUAUGGAUAAUGAGCCUGCCCUUGCUGCAAAUCGGCCUAUUAAAAGAGUCAGGGAAGCGGAAUCUGUAUGCAGGCAAAGGGAGCUUCCAGUAUCAAUGAAUACCAUCUUGCAGUCCAAUGACAUGGGCCAUCUUAGAACUCUUUUGAAUCCUAAUCCUGUGUCAACUGGGCUCGAACUUUCUUGCCAGGAAGAACAGAAUUCCUCCCUUUUAUCUGCUGGUGAAAACACAAGAAGCACCCUGUCUGGUGUACUUUCCCUUGGUAAUAGUGUUAAACUGGAGUUAGAUCGACAGACAGCAGAAUUUGACCGAUAUAUGGACCAUCAGGAAGAGAACCUCCUGAAGGGUGUAAGAGAGUUAAACCAGAGGCAUAUGGUUUCUAUUUUGAAUGCCUUAGGAAAGGGGGUAAACGCCAAAUUACAUGAGAAGCAGCGUAAACUAGAGAACAUCAACCGCAAGAGCAAGGAGUUGGGUGAUAGAAUAAAACAGGUUGUAAAUGAAGCUCAGUCAUGGCGUCACAGAGCAAAAUACAAUGAAUCCAUCGCAAAUCUCUUGGAAAGAAGCAUCCAGCAGCUCAUAGCACAAGGCACUGCCCGAGCUCUGGAAGGAUUCGGGGAGAGUGAGGUAGAUGAUGCAGUCUCGUCCAUGAACCAUCAAGGAACUGUUUGUGGUUCUCGAAGUCAAGUUCCUUUAGAUCAUCAUCUAAAAUGCAGAGCUUGCAAGGGCAAAGAAGUUUCUGUCUUGUUAUUCCCGUGUCAACACCUUUGUCUGUGUAUUGAUUGUGAAGGGUCGAUUAACAUUUGUCCAAUUUGCCUGGUGAUGAAGACUGCAAGUUUGCAAGUAUACAUGUCAUGAAGGGCAUAUGUGAGCACUUGAAGGCUUAAUAUGUUGAUGCUCUGUUAACUCGAGCUUAGAGGAAUCAUGGGAUGUUCAUUUUGUACAUUUUGCCUCAUUUGUGAAGUUUAGCAACAUUUGCCCGAAGUGAUUUUACCGGUACUUUGUACUGGUUGCUUUCAUUAUACUCUCCCUCUCUCUCUCUCUCUCUCUCUCUCUCUCUCUCUUUUUUUUUUUUUUUUUUUUUCUUCCCCUCCAUGUAUGGAGGAGCUGUGUAUUAUUACUGUCAUAACUGUGAAAACAUGGAGCACGAGUAUCAAUCCCGAAGCGAACAAUUGAUUCAAGAA